AUGACGAACCCUAUGCCAUCCCUGCUCCAGUCCUUAGUUUUCUUAGCUGCUAGUAGUAGUAGUAGUAGUAGUAGUAGUAGUAGUAGUAGUAGUAGUAGUAGUAGUAGUAGUAGUAGUAGUAGUAGUAGUAGUAGUAGUAGUAGUAGUAGUAGGCGGGAUAUGCCUUUGAAAUGGCUCCCUUACUUGUUUUAUUCCUCCUUUGAAUUAUUUGAAUUCUUCAAGAUGUCUGACACCGGCUCUGUUCAGUAUAGGGUGUGUAGUAGUGGGUGUAAGACUAGACUUCUUAAAGCUUCACUUGAUCCUCAUUCUACUUGUGUUAGUUGUAGGGGACGUGAAUGUUCUUUGAGAAUACGUUGUGAAGAAUCUGCUAGUAGUAGUAGUAGUAGUAGUAGUAGUAGUAGUAGUAGUAGUAGUAGUAGUAGUAGUAGUAGUAGUAGUAGUAGUAGUAGGCGGGAUAUGCCUUUGAAAUGGCUCCCUUACUUGUUUUAUUCCUCCUUUGACAUGGUGAAUAAAUCACAAGGAAAAAUGACAGAGAAAUGUCCCAUCACCAAAGUCAUCAAGGGAAAGAAGAAGAAAAUCGAGUGCCAGAUUUCACUAAUAGAUGUCACCACUUCAUUAGUAAACAUGGCGCAGUGA